GGGUGGGGCGGCGCUGCGGACGCAGCCCGGGGGUGCUGCAGGGUGGCGGCGGCGGCCCCGCGCCCCGGCCGGCGGCAGCAGCAGCAUGACGGCGAUCGCGGUGCAGGCCCAGCGGCUGCUUGUGCACAGAAGACCCCAGAAAUCAUUCUUUGAGACGUUCAUCAGAAGCCUAAUUAUCUUGUGCGUUGCAAUCGCCGUGGUCCUGUCCUCGAUUUCAAUCUGCGAUGGCCACUGGCUCUUUGCCAAAGGCGAGCUGUUUGGACUGUGGCACUUCUGCACCAUGGGCAACACCAGCGUGCUGACGUGUGUCACAGAUCUCAGUCUGGCCAGCGUGGAAGGGAUGAACAUAGGAAUGAUUCUUGUGAGAAGCGUGGUCUCGUUCGCUGUCGUCAUUGCAAUAUUUGGCCUGGAACUUCUGAUGGUCUCCCAGGUCUGUGAAGAUGCUAAUUCAAGACGGAAAUGGUCCAUGGGAUCGGUCCUCAUUCUUCUCUCAUUUCUGCUGUCAUCCACUGGAGUCCUGAGUUUCUUAAUGCUCCUGAAAGAUCAUAUUACCUUCAUGGGCUUCACACUCACAUAUUGGUGCGAGUUCAUUGCCGCCUUCCUCUUCUUCCUCAAUGGGAUCAGCGGACUUCACAUUAACAGCAUAACGUACCCCUGGACCAGAGUCCGAAAAAUGUAGAAACCGAGGGUGGAUUCUGCUUUUCUGUGAGUCAGCCUUGCCAAUUAGACUGGAAGAUUCGGCGUCGAACCAAGUUUGGAAAGGACAUCAGGGUUUGUUCUUGUUGUUUUCUUUGUCAGUCAGGUGUAAAGAGAAAAAGCGAGUCAGUCUGAGUGUCAGGAGCUGGACCCAGCGUUCAUUCGAAAUGGCUGCGGGAUAUUGAUGGUGGAAAAAAAUCAGCAUCUGCUGUAGCCUUAAAUCGAAUUUCUGCUGUCAUGACAGAUAAAACACGGCUGGAAAUCCAGAAAAUUGCCAUCUAUACAUGCAAGUUGUUCUAAAGUAGCAGGGACUUCUAGGCUGUGGCGUGCUGGUGUUUUGCUGUUGCUUUUGCGUCUCCUCCCCUACCCCAUCCCCAUCUCCCAGCUCCAUCUCUGACCUCUCAGGAGUAUGUGAAAAGUGUGUGAGAAGCAUUGUAUGCAGUGUGCCCACCCUUGCCAAGAGAGCGCCGCCUUAGUUUGUACAGAUGUUAUCUGUGCCUUGUCAUACUCAUUGGCAUGGCCCAUUGACAGCCUCUAUCAGGGUUUCACUCCCCAUUGUUCUCUCCAUAAGCAACUAGUGAAUCUGAUCCAGGUCUCUGGGAAUUUGGCAUGGUUUCCAGCUGGCCUGGUUCUUAUGCAUCCCUUCUGCAUGGGAUUGUCUGUACAUUUACUAAGAUUAGGCUGUCAGGCCAGACUUUAAUUUCCUCUCCAUCCUGUUAGGGAAUCACUGGGGCCAAAUGCGGGUUGUAAGCGACCGGCAGAAAAUUCUGCAAGAGAAGGCAUGAAGUCCUUGGUCCUGCACCCGUCUGCCCUAGCAUUGGUAGAGUACAGCCGUGUUCCCUUCUUCCAUUCAUGCAACUGAAAAAAGAUGCUGGAUCUGACCUCUUUAGUUGAGAAGAUGCCUGUGUUGAUUAAGCUUUAAAACUCCUUCAGGUUAUAAAAUCACUCUCGACAGUCUAGUCAAGUUCCUGCAUGGCUGGCAGAAGCAGACUGCAAGCGGCCGACUUCAGUGUUUUCGAACAAGACUCCAGAUUUAUCCUUCCUGUUCAAAGAACAACACUCCAUUGACCGUGGGCACAACCAUUUAUAUGGUGUGCCAGAGGUUACAAGUAAAACUCUAUGUUAUACCCGCUGGUAAGAUUUAAUUAAGAUGGGGUCAUCAUUGACCACAAGAUGAACAUGAGCCUGCAAUGCGAUGCUGCGGCUAGUAAAGCGACCAAAACGCUGGCUUGCAUCUAUAGAUGCUUCUCAAACAAAUCCCGAGACGUCAUUCUCCCCCUGUACUCGGCCUUAGUGAGGCCGCAGCUGGAGUACCGCGUCCAGUUUUGGGCUCCACAAUUCAAAAAGGAUGUGGAGAAGCUUGAGAGAGUCCAGAGAAGAGCCACGCGCAUGAUCAGAGGUCAGGGAAGCAGACCCUAUGAUGACAGGCUGAGAGCCCUGGGGCUCUUUAGCCUGGAAAAGCGCAGGCUCAGGGGUGAUCUGAUGGCCACCUACAAGUUUAUCAGGGAUGACCACCAGUAUCUAGGGGAACGUUUGUUCACCAGAGCACCCCAAGGGAUGACGAGGACGAAUGGUCACAAACUACUACAAGAUGGUUUCAGGCUGGACAUAAGGAAGAAUUUCUUUACUGUCCGAGCCCCCAAGGUCUGGAACAGCCUGCCACCGGAGGUUGUUCAAGCGCCUUCAUUGAACACCUUCAAGAUGAAACUGGAUGCUUAUCUUGCUGGGAUCCUAUGACCCCAGCUGACGUCCUGCCCUUUGGGCGGGGGGCUGGACUCGAUGAUCUUCCGAGGUCCCUUCCAACCCUAAUGCCUAUGAAACUGAAUUUUUAUUCUAGCUCACUUUAAGACAAAUGUUUAAACGCACUUCUUCGUAGCCCUUUGGGCGGGGGGCUGGACUCGAUGAUCUUCUGAGGUCCCUUCAAGCCCUAACGUCUACGAAGCUAGGUAGCUUGUUUGGCUCAAAAAAUAUUGAGCCAAAGCAUCAAUCUAUCGUGCUACAGCAGUUUCUGAACUACUCUGCCACUCAACACACACAACAUAACCAGCGAGUAUAUCUUGCAGAGUAAGUGUAAAUGUAGCAGGGCAAGAACUUUACUUCGGCAAGUCAUGAGUAAAUGGUGUCAUAGCUGAGAAGCUAUUUUCACAGCCAAGAAUCGCAAGCACUGACUAUGCAUACUUCCUGUUUUUGCUGACUAUAUAGUUAAUUUCUUUCUUAGGGAAAAAGAUUUUCACACCCCUCCCCUCUCCCAGAGAUUUCAUAACUUUUGCAGACUAAAACUCCUCAACCUCUUUGUUCCUCGCCAGAUAGAGAAGAAUGAGUUUUCAGUCCAGGCCUGCAAACAUACUGUGUUUUGCUGAACUUCCAUUGUUCGUUUGCAUCCCAAUUUGUCUUCCUGAUAGGAUAAUGCACUGAGAUCAGUUACCCCGGGUAACUCUUGAUCUUGUCUCGGAUGAUGUCUGGGCCUAUUCCUGCGUUCCUUGUGCACCGGUAACUCUUGUGGCCUUCAGCAGGAACGUGGAACGUAUAAGGAAUUCGGGACUUCGGCCCUCAAUUUGCCUUUGAAAUGUUGCACUGUGAUCAUAGCUACUUCUCUUAUUCAAGUGAGGUGCUUUGGAUUUGUUGAAUUGCACUGUUUGUUUAAAAUAUGAGGCUAGCGGGCAGCCCUGCAAGCACUUAGUUUGUGUGAGUGGUCCCUUCGCGUCUAGUAAGACGACUUGCAGAAGCAGGAGUUUGCAAGGUUGAGCUCCCGGCGGUUGCAGGUUGGUUGUAUCAAUCUGUGGAGUGGCUUAUGCCAUCUUGCAUGUUCCAGUAAAUCGCAUGGGGAUACAUAAACAGAGUACUGCUGGGUGCUGUGAACCUGGUGAUAGAGCUCUUACAUGACUCCUGGUUUGCCUCAGGGCCUGAUACUCCAUUAAAUUACAAUCCAAAAAUGGGAUUGGUAGCUUCCAAAAAAUGGAAAUUUAUGUUUGCACUUCCUAGGGUGGGUCAUCAUAACACUAGCAGCUGGACCUAGCACCGUCCAUUCACCUAUCCUGUUUAUUUGGGGGGCAAGAGAGGAAAAUUGGAGUAGGCGUUUUUCUCCCCAUCUGGUCAAGCCACCCCCCUCCCCCCAGUAUCCCUCUAGCAAGCGGGACAAAGCAGACAAUAAGUUACUGAGCCCACAUAGGACACACAGCAGCCCUGAACUAGUUUAUGAAGAAACAAGAAAAGUUGUUUUGGAAAAAAUCCCCAACUGAAAAAAAAAAAACCUGCCAAGUUUCUUUUCAGUGAGCUUUGUAUAACAGUUCUUUUGCUUUAUUAAAUUCUGAGUAGGGCAUAUUUUGUUAGUAAAUGCUGCAGAACAGGAUACUACUACUGUCGAUUUGUUGGGACCAUCAAAUCUAAUGAUGUCUUUAUGUACCAUAAACUGUAAUCUGUACCUUUUCUAAAGCCUGUUAAGACAACAAAAAGUGUGAGUCAAUAUUCCUGAAGUUUAAUGUUUAAAUAAACUACUUUUGAAAUAA